AAGAAAAAAAUAUGACAAAAAAUAAUCAUGCUCCUAGUUUGCCCGAGGAGGAAAUAAAUAAAAUCGUGUGGGAGUUGUCCGACACUUCCGAGGACGAAUUAACGGAUUUAACUAGUCAAUUGAAAGAAAUUGUUGACCGAGAAAGAAAAAAAGCUUUUCAAGCGGGUUUUGAAGAAGGUAAAAAAUUAAGAAAGUAA